CUUUCUGCUAAUAUUAGUAGAAAUAGAAAGAAACAUCCGGGUAUUGUUCCACCGCAAAAGAAACGAAUGAUAGAAGGAGGUUGUCGCAUUCUGCUGCUAACUACAGGGAUACAGCGAAUUGCUUUCUUUAUUCAUUAACAUGGCGGCAAAUGACGCCAAAUACUAUGAGUCCCAGUCCGGAAAAUCGCACACAGAUGAAGAUCGUCAGCGGAGCUCGAAGCAUUGCUCGCGGUCCAGAUCACGAUCAGUGGACCGAAAGCGCAAGUCAGGAGACAAGAGGCACAGACGAAGCCACAGCAGAAGCAAAGAGGCACGGAAGAAGGACUCUGAGAAAGCUCUGAAAUGUCAGAGCGGAUCAGAGGAGCAGCUGGAGAUGUCAGAUAAAGGCCGUGACAGGCUGUCUGAAGACAUGGAGGAGCGGCAUCGCCGAAAAGACAAGAAAUCCUCCAGACCAAGAAGCCUGUCAAGAUCACGUUCAAGGGAAAGACGACACCAUAAUCGAAACUGGGACAAAAGAAGAUCUCGCUCACGAAGCGGUGAAAGGAGAUCAAGGAGUCGUGACAAGAAGAGACGGGCCAGAUCUCGAUCAAACUCCAGAAGCAAGCACAGACAUCACAGCUGGAGCCGUAGCAAGAGCAGGGAGAAGAAGAAGAGGUCAGAGAAAGCACGGAGAAAAAGUCGCAGUCGGUCAGCUAGCCCUGUGACCUUCAGGGGCAGAAACACAGCCAUGGAUGCUCAGGAGGCAUUGGCCAGAAGGUUGGAGAGGGCAAAGAAGCUUCAAGAACAGAAGGAAAAAGAGUUGUUGGAAAAACGGCAACAACAAGAGAUGGCAGCAGCAGCAGCUCCACUGUUGUGCGAUACGACCACUGCAGCACCCAGUUCAGGCCUGAACGUUGCAGCACUGCUGGCCUCUGGCACACAGGUCACUCCUCAGAUCGCAAUGGCUGCUCAGAUGGCAGCGCUUCAGGCCAAAACGCUGGCAGAGACUGGCAUUGCUGUGCCAAGCUACUAUAAUCCCUCAGCGGUGAACCCAAUGAAGUUUGCAGAGCAAGAAAAGAAGAGGAAAAUGUUGUGGCAGGGGAAAAAAGAUGGGGACAAGUCACAAACAGCUGAGCUUUGGGAGAAGCUGAAUUUUGGUAAUAAAGACCAAAAUGUGAAAUUUCGCAAACUAAUGGGCAUCAAAGGUGAAGAAGAAGGUAGUUCAUCAGGAGCUGGUAACGAAGAAGGUCUUAAAACCUUGCAGCAGCAGGAAGAGAUGUUCCGCAAUCUGGACGUCCAGUAUGAGAUGGCCCGUUCACAGACACACACGCAGAGGGGAAUGGGCCUAGGUUUCUCCUCUUCGUUUUCUUCAAGGGGCAUGGAUGCUGUCUGAACAUUCUGUAUUUGUGCUUCUCAUUUCUGUAAAUUCUGGCUGAUGUUGCCACUGUAAAGCUGGUUUGUAUGUGUUUGUAGAUAAUGCUUGUGCAUUAGCCUGCAUGUAUGAUUCAUCAGGUCUGUCAUUUUAUUCAUUUUGGAAAUUCACAUGUAAAUACAGUUGAUUGCUCAAACAUAUAUUGUCGCUUGGUUUCUAAAGAUUGUGUUUAAUAUUGUAAAGCUUUUGUUUGGAUUUUGGGAGGGGAAUGUGAUUGUAUAUUUCACUGUGUUUGUAUUGACACUGUCUGAAGCUAGCGAUUCCUGAUAUAUCAUAGCCCCUGGUGGGUACCAGGGGCUAUGAUAUAUUGUGAAUGCUUCACGGCUUUUUAUGAAAUGAUUACUACAUAAAUAUAUCAAGAACACAAAUUAACAUGACAGGCCAUCAUCAGUUUGAGUUGGGGAAAAAAACACAAUUUCACAGAACAAUAAAAUAAUUUACCACACAAAAUACAUUUCAUCAUU